AGAGAAGAAAGAACAGAGGAAGAAGAAGAAAACUCCCGGUCCGCCCCGCCCUCACAAUCAUGGCGGCAAAUGUAGGUCAACAAUGCCGUUCACGUGAUCUGGACCGCAGCCAAUCUGAACUCUUUCAGCGCAGCCACUUCCGACGCUGCUUCCUGUCAGUGUUUGUAAACUGACGAAAAAAAUUGGAAGUGCGACAAGAAAGAAUUAUCUACAAAACUCCUACAUUUUAACAGACUUUGGUCCCUGAUGAUUUGGGUGGGUGUGGUCUCUUCUGUCACCUCAUCCUGAGUGAAGCUCCCACUUCCCCCCAAACACACACGCAUUCAAACAGCGACGAUGACACAACAUUCCAACAACUCUGUCCGAGACCAUAUGAAAUGGGCUGGGUUGCUGGGCUGUGAGGCAGUGCUGUCCAGCAUGGCCCUGAUGCAGGCCAACAACAUCCCAGGCCAGAAGAAAAUGAUGUCAUCCAUGGGCCACGGGCACCGGGCCAGCGCUGAGAGCCAGCAAAUGCACUCACAACACGGUCACAACCACCACGGACACCAGCUUCACCAUGGACAACCUCACCACAGCCACAUGGGCCAUCCUUCAGCCGGCAGCUGCCCCCCACUGCUAAUCCGAAAAGAUGGCGAUUACCACACAUCAAAACUGUUGGAUGACAAAGACAUGCAGGCAAACCAGAACAUGCAGCCCAAGAAAAAGCACAAAAAGUCAUCCAACAAAGUUAAAGAGGAACCUGAGCGUUUCGUUCCCCAAGUCACAGACGAUGACAGUUUCUUAAAAGUUCAGAAGAACUUCAUCUGUGACCACUGCUACGGGGCCUUCAGGAGCAGUUACCACCUCAAGAGACACAUACUCACACAUACAGGGGAAAAACCGUUUGCUUGUGAUGCGUGUGAUAUGAGGUUUAUCCAACGCUACCACCUGGACAGACACAAGCGGGUGCACAGCGGAGAGAAGCCGUACCAGUGUGACCGAUGUCAUCAGAACUUUUCACGGACAGACAGACUGCUGAGGCACCGACGUCUCUGUACAGCUGGGAUGUGCAAAGACGAUAGCCAGUACUCGCAAGAGACUACCGCUCAUACAGCGUCCUGGAGCCCACUACAGCCUUCCAACAACCGUCUGACCGUCUGACCCAUCACUUCAUGGAGAACCAUACAGAGACCCUUCAGAAAACAGCAGUGUGACACCCACUGAUGUGUAACACUGAAGCUCAAAACUACUUUAACUUAAAAAAAAAACCUUGCUUAAAAUAAGCCAACGUUAUUUGACUCUCACUGCUUCGUUUGAUCUUUGUUUCAUUCACAGACAUAAAAAAAAAACCUUGAGGUAAAAGCAAUAAUUUCAAGUUUACCCCUUCUUUCUUUGAUAGACUGCAUUUCUGGUUUCACCAUCAGUGGUCUGGAGGAGUUUUUUAAACUUCACGGCCAGUCACGGUCCAUGCGGCUCCUCUUGGCGUCCUCCUGACGUACAUUCAGCCCCGGAGCUGCAGCUACAUAUGGACAGUUUAGGAAUGGACACAAAUUUAAUGUUCAGCAGCCGCCACUGAACACUUAAACAUUACAGCAGACUGAAGGGAUGAUGGGGGUCCGUGCCUCCCCAGCCCCCAGGAAACAGUUAGCCACCUGUCCACUGCAGUGCCGUGUGCUGACCACAUCACCUGCAGUGAGCAACACUCAAGGCAGGUGGGAGGACACUAAAGGAUAUAUAGGUGUCUGUAAAAUGUUAUGUUUCAACUGAACUCUGACGUUAAUGGAGCAGUUAGUUGGCGCACACACACACACACUCACCACUGUACCUUGUUUUAAAGGAGCCAUGUUCUGGCUGUUUCAGAAGUUGAACAUUGAUAGGAAUGACCUUGUUUUUGUCCUUGAUUCCAUUUAAGUGCGUUUCUUAAGCAACAUUAGCUGGGUGUAAAGAUCACCUCUCAGUUAUAUCUCAAUGCAAAUUAUUUCCUUUUGGCGCAACCACUCUUUUUUUUUUUUUUUUUUUUUUAGCACUCCCUUGACCGUGAGACCUUUUCUGAUUUUUUAAAAAAUAGACACAGUCACCCGGGUGCAAAAGUGAAGCCGUGGAAGUAGAGGAGACGUGUCUCUUCAAGUGAGUAGACACUCGGUGUGUGAUUGACAUAAGGUCUCCCCUGGUCAUGUUAGUAUGCAGUGGUAAAAUAUGAACUGUCUUUCAUUGUAGUUUAUUGUUUAUUUUCCUUCAAAUAGAAUCAUAGAAAAUUCCAAAUUAUAAACAAGAAGAGAACUUCUGGUCCACAUCCACGGCUUCCUUUUGUUUUCACAUAUGAUCUAUUGAUUCAACCAAUGAGUGUUUGGGGGACUUCUCUGUGGAACUCAUCUUUUAUGUGAUUGUUUGCACAAUCUUAUAAAAGUGUGUCAGAUGUAGACCAACACCAACACCAAAACCAAAACCACCUUCCUUUGGUGGCCAUUCUGCUUUUACCUUUUAAUUCAACCACUCACAACAUUGACUCAGGCCAGUACAGUCGAGCCUGUUUAAAUACUACAGUUCACCAUAACCUGUCUGAAUGUGUUCUGAAACCAGUGCCUGCUGGAGCAUCUUCAAUGAAGAUGGCAAUCACACUGGUGGAAAUGGGGAAUACCAGGUCAAAUGUGAAGGUAGAACCAAUGUUGUGUUGCUGUUUGUUAUGGUCCUCAGUAGAAUCCAACCAGUCUGGGAACUGGACAAGUUUAGACGAAACCUCUUUAACUGCUAGUUUGUUUGUUUGGUUUUUUUUGCUCUCAGACCUUAGAUCGUGUUAAGCCCAUCACUGGUUUAUCUAUUUUUUUGGAGUAAUUUAUAUUUUUAAAUGUAUUAGGUGUAGAAAAAGUACAUAUGGGAAGUACACUCCAGAAGAAAUGGAAAGUAUUUACAAAAUCAUAUUCACUAGUUUGAUUUCUGACUGAAAAAUCCUUUUUUUAAAAAUCAUUCUUCAGGUCCAGAUCAUUAUUAAAGAGUUAAUUUUGUCCUUUUAGCAUAGCAUUAUUGAUUAGCCAGUAUAUAUGCAUUUCUAAAGUUUGUUGCAUGUAUAUUUUAAGUAUUUGUAUAUACUAUUUUAGUUGUAACUGCUUUCUUUCUUUCUUUUUAUUUUAUCAUAUUUUUUGGCUCCAUGAUUGUGAGGUAAAGGCUGAGUCAAACUGUAGUGAAUGGAGUUUUAAGUCUCAAUAAAGCCGUUACAUUCUGUAA